AUGGCGUUGCCGCGCCUAACUUCUCGGCUCUUUUCGCCGAUGCGGUCUUCAUUAUGCCGAUUGACUCCUAGCAUAAGCAUAGCUGCAGCUCGGCCUUUCUCCUCAUCAUCCCCCGCCCUCAAUCAGAACGCAGCUGUGGCUUCGAAAACCGACUCUCUUGUCGAAUUGGCUAAAGCUCGACGCACCAUCUAUCAGCUGGGCAAAAACAGCCCUGUUCCCGACUCAAAGAUUGAGGAACUCGUCAAUGCUGCUAUCUUGAAUGUUCCCAGUGCCUUCAACACGCAGUCAACAAGGUUGCUUGUACUAUUGCAUCGCGAUCACGAGUGUCUCUGGGAUGUCGUCAUUGGUGUCUUUCAAAACCUGGUCAAGACCGGUGCUAUACCAGAACAAGUAUGGCAACAGCAAACGCUCCCCAAGCUAGAAGGAUUUAAGGCUGGGGUGGGCACUAUCCUCUUCUAUGAAGACCCGUCCCAUAUCAAGCCCUUCUCAGAGAAAUUUUCUCUCUACAAGGAUCAAUUCCAGCCUUGGGCGGAGCAUUCUAAUGCUAUGCAUCAGUAUUUCCUUUGGACUGGACUCGAGUCCCUCGGCUUCGGUGCAAACCUGCAGCACUACAAUCCCCUCAUUGAUGCUCCAGUAGCGAAGCAGUGGGAUGUGCCUAGUAACUGGAGGCUACUCGCUCAGCUGGUAUUCGGUAGCCCUGAAGGGAGCCCGGGGGAAAAGAUCCAGAAACCCACCGAGGAGCGGGUCAAGAUCUAUGGGAAGCAAUAA